GGUUCAAGCCACGCCGCCAGCGGCGCGUGGGCGGCGGGCGUGCGCGCGGCGAGGGGGAGGGAAGGGACGCGUGCCCGCCCCCCCGCCGCCAGCAAUGCCUCUGGAUGAGAAUUCGGCGGAUAUUGGAACUCACCAACUCGUUUCGGCAGCAGCACGCCCUGCCCCCCCUGAUGCACCACAAGGCGCUGGCAAGGGUGGCGGCAAAGCACGCCGCCGACGUCGCCGACGGUGCUGCGCCGUUCAGCCACGCCGGAGCGCCCGAGCGCUUCUCAUCGUGCCAGGGGGCGCGGUGGGUGAACGUUGCAGAAAACCUUGCGAGGUCCGACGGCUUCGGCAGAGACGAGCUGCCGCAGGCCACGGUCAGCGGCUGGUGCGGGUCGCCCGGCCACCGGCGGAACCUGCUGGGCCCGUUCGACGCGUGCGGAAUCGGCUGGGCCGCGAGCGACGCCGGCACCAUCCGGCCGACAUUGCUGGCCCUGCGGGACGCGCGGGACUGCCCCACCGUCUACGCGCAGACGUCGCAGGUGCUGUGCGAGGGCGCGAUCCGCGUGGCCAACUCCGCGCCCGCGGUGUGCGCCGCGCUGGGGCUGGCGCUGUCUGGUCCCGCCGUGGCCCUGGGCGCCGGUGCCCUCGGCGGCGCGCUCGGGCACGGCUACGGCCUGAAGGCCACCAGCGUGCCCCUGUGGGGCUGCGGCAAGGCUUGGCGCUGGCUGCGACCCGCCUGCUGCUCGCGCUGCGGCGGGGGCGGCGGCUCGCUGGCCCUGGCCGCCGAUGGCGCGCUGCUAUGCGUGGACCCCACGCGCGCUUCGGCCAGGCCAACUGGAACUACGUCGAGUAAGCGGCAGGGAGACUGAAGCACGGGCGCCCAGAGAGGCCAUUUGAAUGGCUGCAGCAGCAACCAUGCCUAUUCGUGGCCGACGUUCGCCGUCGCCGGAAUAGCCGCCUUUCUUUCUUUAUGAUAGCACGAUGGUUCUAUGAGUCCUGUACAUACGAGCUGUUAAGAGAAUCGGGCAGACGUUGGCAAGGCAACCGAGACAGCCCGAGCGCUCACGCGUAUCGGUGUGGCAGUGUCUCGGCUGCUGUCUGCUUGCACGACUCGUUCCGCUUUCGGCCAAUCCAAUCUUGGGCCCAGCAAUUGAGGGCGUAUACACUGAUCUCGGUGCCAGGAUGGGCCUGCCUUGUAUUGGUGUUGGCGUAGAGUGGGCGUGGUCCUUCCCCCUGGCUGUCCUUUCUUCACUGACAAUGGCGGGAACACCGUGGAGCAGGAGCCUUGUACACAGACGCUCGGUCCUCUGCCCGCGUCCCCGAUCGAUCGACCUCAUCAU